UGAAUGACUUUCUUCAGGACUAUGUGAUUGAUUCCAACUGGCGGUUCAGGAGCACAGUGAUGACUCCAAUGUUUGUGGAUACCCAAAGCUCUCAGAGUCCACAAAGUGCUUCAGCUUCUCAGUCUGGAGCCAUGAAGGGCAAACUCCGAGCCACUCAGACUUCUCUGGAAUUCAGUCAAACCCAAGUCGCAGGUCGACGCACAGCAUUUAACUGGCUGACAGGCAGCAGCGUGGACACCCUAGCGGAGUACACCCCCACCUCCGAGUCUCUGUCCUCGCUGAUGGUGUUUGAUAAGAAGGCCGAGAGGCGGAUUGCUGCGCGCAGACCGGUAGGCGAAGGAUUUGGCCUGAAGCGCCCCGAAGCUCCGUCUGAUGAGCUGGACAGUCGCGCCGCAGGUCAGGAUCUGACAACGACACGCUUUUAUAACGUGUACUGCAUAAUGUUUCUGCAACUGA